UGCAAGUGAACCUCUCAGCAGUGCCCCGGAAGUAGUAGGGCAAGCUUGUCGUUUUGAUUGCAAACGGGCUGAUUCAUUGCUGAUGCUGAAACGCUUUACACGGGACAUUACCUUUUCUUCUUACAAGUUUUCGGAGUUACACUAACGUUAUAUACCAGAACCAUGGACAGGCUGCUGAGGCUUGGAAGUGGAAUGCCAGGACUUGGGCAGGGUCCCCCCACAGACGCCCCAGCUGUGGAUACAGCCGAGCAAGUGUACAUCUCUUCACUGGCGCUGCUCAAGAUGCUGAAACACGGACGUGCUGGCGUACCAAUGGAAGUCAUGGGCCUGAUGUUGGGUGAAUUCGUUGAUGAUUACACCGUGCGAGUGAUCGACGUGUUUGCUAUGCCUCAAUCAGGAACAGGUGUCAGCGUGGAGGCCGUAGACCCCGUCUUCCAGGCUAAAAUGUUGGACAUGCUGAAGCAAACCGGAAGGCCCGAGAUGGUGGUGGGCUGGUACCACAGCCACCCCGGCUUCGGCUGCUGGCUGUCCGGAGUGGACAUCAACACCCAGCAGAGCUUCGAGGCGCUGUCGGAGCGAGCCGUCGCCGUGGUGGUGGACCCCAUCCAGAGCGUCAAGGGAAAGGUCGUUAUCGACGCCUUCAGGCUGAUCAAUGCCAACAUGAUGGUCUUGGGCCAUGAGCCAAGGCAGACGACUUCCAACCUGGGCCAUUUGAACAAGCCCUCCAUCCAGGCUUUGAUUCAUGGGCUGAACAGACAUUACUACUCAAUUACCAUAAACUACAGGAAGAAUGAACUGGAGCAAAAGAUGCUCCUGAACCUGCACAAGAAGAGCUGGAUGGAGGGCCUGACCCUGCAGGACUACAGCGAGCACUGCAAGCUGAACGAGACCAUCGUCAAGGAGAUGCUGGAGCUGGCCAAGAACUACAACAAGGCUGUGGAGGAGGAGGACAAGAUGACCCCUGAACAGCUGGCCAUUAAGAAUGUUGGGAAACAGGAUCCAAAGCGGCAUUUAGAAGAGCACGUAGACGUCCUGAUGACUUCUAAUAUUGUGCAGUGCCUGGCAGCCAUGUUGGAUACUGUGGUCUUUCAGUGAAGUCUGUCCUCGGGUCAUCGUUUAUGUAAUUCUGUCUGUUUUAUUCUUAUAAAAAUAAACUUGCAUAAAAGUUUAAA